AUGGAUACUGAUAAGCUAAUCUCGGAGGCUGAGUCUCAUUUUUCCCAAGGCAAUCAUGCAGAAGCUGUUGCGAAGUUAACCUCUGCAGCACAAUCGAACCCCGAUAGCCAACAAAUGUCGACUAUUGAAUCACUAAUUCAGAAAAUUGGUGGGUAUGUCAUGGAGAACCGUAGCGGUGGUGAAGACGCCUCACAAGACCGUGCUGUUGGCGGUGGCUCGUCCUUUAUGAGCACGUUGAUGUCAGACUCGAAGGGUUCUUCUCAAUCCCAACUGGGUAAACUGGCUUUGUUGGCUACUGUGAUGACGCAUUCGUCAAGCAGCAGCAAUUCUAGCAGGGGGUUCGACGUGGGCACCGUGAUGUCGAUGUUAAGUGGCUCCGGUAGUGGAAGCCAAAGCAUGGGUGCUUCUGGGCUGGCUCUCUUGGCUUCCCAGUUUUUCAAGUCAGGAAACAGCUCCCAAAGUCAAGGUCAAGGUCAAGGUCAAGGUCAAGGUCAAGGCUCUUUCACUGGAUUGGCGUCUCUAGCCUCAUCCUUCAUGAAUUCCAACAAUGGGAAGCAACAAGGCCAAAGUCAAGGGUCCGGUGGCUCGUCAUUUGGUGCGUUGGCCUCCAUGGCAACCUCUUUCAUGCAUUCUGAUAGUAACCAGAACUCCAACGGUGCCCAGCAAGGCUACAACCAAUCUAACCAGAACAAUAAUCAGAAUUCCAACUACCAAAACAAUCAAGGUCACAAUAACCAACAGUACCAAGGUGGUAACGGUGGUCAACAACAACAAGGCCAAUCCGGUACUUUUUCCUCAUUGGCGUCCAUGGCUCAAUCUUACCUAGGUGGACAAACUCAGUCCAACCAGCAACAGUAUAACCAGCAAGGUCAAAAUCAACAGCAGCAAUACCAGCAACAAGGUCAAAACCAGCAAUAUCAACAACAAGGCCAACAACAGCAACAGGGUCACUCGGGUUCAUUCUCGGCGCUGGCUUCCAUGGCUAGUUCCUACUUGGGCAACAACCAGAACUCUAACUCUAACUCGAACUCGAACUCGAACUCGAACUCGGGUGGCCAACACCAAUCCAACGAGUAUGGGAGACCACAAUACGGUGGCAACCAGAACUCUAACGGCAACGGCAACGAUUCUUUCAACUUCUCUGGUAAUUUUUCCCAACAGAACCACAAUGGUAACCAGAACCGUUAUUAA